AUGGCGGUUCUCGCAGGGCUCUCUUCCGCGCAUGCGAUUCUUCUGGCUACUGACCUCUGUGCCAGUGGCAAUGUUGCUCAUCUGCCACAGCUGCACUCUCUCUACCCCGGCGUUCUCCCUCUUGAUCGUCUCUUGCGCAUCAUCUUAACCUUUUUGCCAGAGAGCACGGAACCUCAGUAUUACACCCCUGUGCUUCAGGAGCUCGUGGAUGGUACAUCGUCAUCUGCGGAUGACGAUAUCGACAUUUCUUCUGUCAAAGAUCUGCCUGAGCAAGUUGCAAGGAAACGCGUGCGGAAGCUUCGUUUACUACCUCUCAAGCAUCCCGACGACGACAACGACGACAACACUGCAGACCCCUUGACCCAAUUCUUGAUCCAUCGGGCGCAUUUGAUCGACUCCGAAACUGCUCUUCAACCGCUGAUCCUUGACCUCUUGUUGCCGUUCUACCACCGCUCGCCAUUUCUACGGACCUGGCUGAUUUCUAGCUUAUUACCACUCCUCCGCUUGAACUACGAAUACUACCCGAGCCGAGAUGAAACCUUCACUUUGGACAUGAUAGAGUCUAUGGAUGGCCAGACAGCAAUCAACGUACUCCUUUCGAUGACAGGUCCGCGAGCAGACAGCAUGGAUUUAGUAAACAACCUUCGUGGGCUGGUCGGUGCUUGGAUUCACGGCAGCAAUCGGUCGAAGAGACGGAGGCUCAACGAAGCGGCACAGCAAAGUUCAAUUUCUCUUCCGCAGGACGAAGUAUAUCGCCCAACAAAAGGUGGUGCACAUUGGCAAUGUGUGAAUGAAUGGCUGCUGUUGCGGAGCUUGGUCGAUCGUGACAGCGUGGUGAGCGCCUUCGCUCACUGGGAUGGACCUGAGGACGUGGACCUCGGUGGUUAUGAGAAGGAACAACAGGCAGAAGACGAAGAUAUCGCGGAUCUACGACUGCGGUACGGACAAGCUGGUUUGGCUGUGAUAUACACGAAUCCCGACCCCAGCAAAUCUGCAUUGGAGGGCUCCAUUCAGAUUAUCACCCGGAUUGCCAAGCUGCUUGACCUCGACCAAUCCUCUACAAUACCAGGCGACUCAGAGCUUCCCACCGUAACAUUUGAUGCGGGGCCGAUUUCGUCAACGUCUCGAGCAUCAUUACUGCCAAACGCUCUGCUGGCGUCUUCAAACCCAUUGACGCAUCCUUCUACCUCUUCGAUUUCAUUCCUCGGCGCCAUCCUCAUCUCCCUCCAGACAUUGAACGAACUCGGCCAUCCGAUACCGUGCCGGACAGCCGCCAACAUAUGCCUCAACAGUAACGAGGAUAUGCAACUGUCGGAACUACGAAGCGUUGUCACCUCUAUCACUAACCAGACCAGAUCUGGUCGUAACUGGGGAAAGAUCCGCCAGCAGCUGCUCUGGCUUCGGGACUGGCAGGCAGAUCACAGUGAACGAAAGGACCAAGGCUAUCAUGGACUUUUCUGGAGAGUUCCCCGACAUGUAGUAGAAACCGAAAUCUUGAAGGCUUUGCUAGAGGCCAGAGAAUACCAACUGGCCGUGGACAUUUUCACCAACUGGGAAUCGGCGCCCCUGCAACCAGCCCAGGUUGAAGCCGCUGUCAAAGACGCCAACUUUACGGCAUACGACAAUGCGAGCAACGGUAACAGGACGCGGGGUGGAAUGAAAAGGGCACAUGAUAUCCUGCAAGCCUUCAAAUCACACUUCUCGGAUUCUGUGUCAUUCAAGCAGAUCCAAGCUCUCAUCUCCGCAACGCAUGCGUUGUCCUACUACUCUCUCACUCUACAGCAUGGCGUCCCCUUCCAGCCUGUCAGCAUCCGGGUCCACUCGGACCCUCUUUCCCUCAUCGAAAAAGUACUCGACCAGAACUCGAAAAGCUACACAAAACUUGACGACCUCCUGUCCAUCGGGCGAAAUCUGGUAGCAGCUGGCUUUCCACCGAGUGUAUCAGACGAUGAUUCACACUACGAACAUCCCCCACCCAGCUCUUCAGAAGACGCCAUCGUCAUGGCCGAAAGACGCAUCAUCUCCCUAGCCAUCUCAUCAGCCCUCUCAUCCAAUGACUUUGGCACUGCCUACUCAUACAUCCUCACCCGUCUCACCCCCCCAACCCACCUCCCAACCUCCCCCCUCACCGACCCCGUCGUCAAAGACGACAUCUCCUGGCGCGCCGUCUACAACGCCGGCCGCUACCGCUCCCCCGUCCCCUCCACAUCCUCUACCCUCCAAUCCCAAAUCACCCAACUCUCCCAGCGCAUGGAACUCCUCUCCCUCGCCCUCGUCCUCGCCCCCUCGCCCGACCCCCUCCCCGAAAUCCUCGGCGCCUGGCGCCGCUGCGACGAGGAACUCUCCAACCUCCGCACCCGCGAAUCAGAGGAAGAAGACGCCUGGGACACAAAAGGCGACAACCUCUCCUCCGUCCCCGGCGGCUUCGGGCCCACAGACAGCGAACGAGACGCGUUCGAAACGCAACAACAGCACGCGAAACGCGCGCGCGCAAGACAACAAGGCCGCUCGAAUUACGAAGAAGCACCCAUGGGUCUGUUCGAAGUCGCCCGCGGCGCCGCCCUCGCGUUACACAAGAAUGCGUUCCCGCUUCAUGGUGGCGCGGCUGCUGCGAACUCGUCGGAACAUGGCGCCGAAUCGCAUCUCGACCAUGACGAUGAUCACGAGGAUAGAGUCCGCAAGAGAGACGUCGUUAGUAAUAUGGUCACGGGCGGCUUGGCGAGUGGGAUUGGCUGGGUCCUUGGUGCUCAGCCUGUUAACCGAUAG